UACAAAGAGGUGCGCCGUAGAGUGGCGUCCCGCAGUCAGAGGCGCCUGGAUGAGGAGAGGGACGACGGCCUGGACUGAGGAGAGGGAGCGGAGGAUGCCCUAAAAGUGCGAGGAUGAAGGGGGAGGACAGCUGAGACGUCUUGCGAUGGACGGCAGAGGGAGGAGAGGAACCAACGGCUCCUUCAAGCGCUCGUCCAUCAAGCGCAGCGCCUCAUCCGGAUCUCAGAGGCUUCAGAGAGCCUGGAUCGAGAAAACCUUCCAGAAGAGAGAAUGCAUCCAGAUCAUUCCGGGGAAAGACGCCAGCAGAUGCAGCUGUGGUCAGUUGGUGGCGCAGCACACGGCCGUGCCAGCAGGGACCCGCGAGGAAGAGGACGCGGCCCCGCUGGUUCUGCUGGAGGUCCAAGCCCCAGAGCGCUGGACCCCCCUCAAACACACCCGGGCCACGCCCACUGACGCCUACGGCGUCAUUGAGUUCCAGGAAGGAGGUCACAUCAACAAGGCCAUGUACAUCCGCGUGUCGUACGACUCCAAGGCGGACUCCUUGCUGCACCUGAUGGUGAAGGACUGGCAGCUGGAGCUUCCCACCCUGCUCAUCUCGGUCCACGGCGGCCUCCAGAACUUUGAGCUGCCCCCCAAGCUGCGUCAGGUGUUUGGGCGGGGCCUCAUUAAAGCCGCCGUCACCACGGGGGCGUGGAUCUUCACCGGCGGCGUCAGUACCGGCGUGAUCCGCCAUGUUGGCGACGCUUUGAAAGACCACUCGUCCAAGUCCCGGGGCAAGGUGUGCGCCAUCGGCAUCGCCCCCUGGGGCAUCAUCGAGAACAAGGAGGACCUCAUUGGGAGAGACGUGUCCCGGCCCUAUCAGACCAUGGCCAACCCCCUCAGCAAGCUGUCGGUGGUGAACAGUAGCCACUCCCACUUCAUCCUGGCCGACAACGGCACCAGCGGGAAGUACGGCGCCGAGGUCCGACUGCGCCGCCAGCUGGAGAAACACAUCGCCCUGCAGAAGAUCAACACGCGUCUGGGUCAGGGCGUCCCGGUGGUGUGUCUGAUCCUGGAGGGCGGCCCCAACGUGAUCUCCAUCGUGUUAGAGAGCCUGAAGGAGGAGCCCCCCGUCCCCGUGGUGGUGUGCGACGGCAGCGGCCGGGCCUCCGACAUCAUUUCCUUCGCCCACAGAUACUGCGAAGAGGACGGCAUGGUGAGCGAGGGCGUGAAGGAGCAGCUGCUGGUGACCAUCCAGAAGACCUUCAACUACGGCCGCAGUCAGGCGCAGCAGAUCUUCCUCAUGGUGAUGGAGUGCAUGAAGAAGAAAGCUCUGAUUACGGUGUUCCGGAUGGGUUCCGAAGGCCAGCAGGACAUUGAGAUGUCCAUCCUGACGGCGCUGCUCAAAGGCACCAACGCGUCGGCGUGCGACCAGCUGAGUUUGGCGCUGGCGUGGAAUCGAGUGGACAUCGCUCGCAAUCAGAUCUUUGUGUACGGACAUCACUGGCCGCCAGUGAAGCUCAGUGAGCAUCCUAAGAGUCCGGCCUCGGUCCAGCGGGCAGCGGCGGCGGCACAAGCAGCGGCCAAAGGAAAAGCACGAGGAAAAAAAGGAAAAGGCGGUAAAAGCAAACCGGAACCACCCGAGGAGACGGACCCCAGGAAGCUGGAGCUGCUUAGCUGGGUCAACUCGCUGGAGCAGGCCAUGAUGGACGCGCUUGUCCUGGACAGAGUGGACUUUGUGAAGCUUCUCAUCGAGAAUGGCGUCAACAUCCACCACUUCCUCACCAUCCCUCGUCUGGAGGAGCUCUACAACACGAAGCUCGGACCCCCCAACACGCUGCACUUUGUGGUGCGAGACGUAAAAAAGGGGAACCUGCCUCCGGACUACCAGAUCACCUUGAUCGACAUCGGGCUGGUGCUGGAGUUCUUGAUGGGCGGAGCUUAUCGCUGCAAUUACACCAGGAAGAGUUUCAGGACGCUUUACAACAACUUGUACGGCCUGAAGAGGCCAAAAGCCUUGAAACUGUUGGGGAUGGAGGAUGACGAGCCCCGUCCCAAAGGUAAAGGCAAGAAGAACAAGAAGAAAGAGGAGGAGGUAGACAUCGAUGUGGACGACCCCGAGGUCAGCCGCUUCCAGUACCCCUUCCACGAGCUAAUGGUGUGGGCCGUGCUAAUGAAGCGCCAGAAGAUGGCGCUGUUCCUGUGGCAGCGGGGGGAGGAGGCCAUGGCCAAAGCUCUAGUGGCCUGCAAGCUCUACAAGGCCAUGGCCCACGAGUCUUCCCAAAGCGAGCUGGUGGACGACAUCUACCAGGAUCUGGAGAACAACUCCAGAGAGUUCGGGCAGCUGGCUUACGAGCUGCUGGACCAGUCAUACAAACGCGACGAGCAAGUGGCCAUGAAGCUGCUGACCUACGAGCUGAAGAACUGGAGCAACUCCACCUGUCUAAAGCUGGCAGUGGCCGCCAAACAUCGAGAUUUCAUCGCCCACACGUGCAGCCAGAUGUUGCUUACUGACAUGUGGAUGGGAUGUCUGAGGAUGGGCAAGAGUAACAGCCUCAAGGUGAUUUUAGGAAUCGUUUUCCCCCCUGCCAUCCUCCUCCUAGAAUUCCGUAUCGGAGACGAAGCUUCGUAUCACUCCUCUAAAGAGAAUGAGGGCAGCAAAAGCAAAGAAGAAGACAACAAGUCCUGCAAAGAUGCCAUCUCCAACAUGGACACCACAUCCAAGAAAGGAGAUGAGGAAGAAAACCUGAAGAAAGGCAGGAAGAGAGUUCCCAUCGGGAGUCAGAUCUAUGAGUUCUACAACGCCCCCUUCACCAAGUUCUGGUUUAAUACUAUUUCCUACCUGGUCUACCUCAUGUUGUACAACUACAUCAUCCUGGUCAAGAUGGAGCGAUGGCCAUCCCUUCAGGAGUGGAUCGUCAUCUCGUAUAUCAUCACGCUGGGCCUGGAAAAAGUCCGACAGAUCCUGAUGUCGGAGCCAGGCAAAUUGAAGCAGAAGAUUAACGUGUGGCUGGAGGACUACUGGAACAUCACAGACCUGGUGGCCAUCUGCGUCUUCCUGCUCGGGCUGCUGUUGAGGCUGCAGAAUGAGCCCUACAUGGGCUACGGCCGCGUUAUCUACUGCGUGGACAUCAUCUUCUGGUACAUCCGCGUCCUCGACAUCUUCGGGGUCAACAAGUACCUGGGGCCAUACGUGAUGAUGAUUGGGAAAAUGAUGAUCGACAUGCUGUACUUCGUAGUCAUCAUGCUGGUGGUCCUGAUGAGCUUCGGCGUGGCCCGGCAGGCCAUCCUGCAUCCGGACGAGGAACCCACAUGGCGCCUGGCUCGCAACAUCUUCUACAUGCCGUACUGGAUGAUCUACGGCGAGGUGUUUGCAGACUCCAUAGACCUUUACGCCAUGGAGAUCAACCCUCCAUGUGGAGACAACUUGUACGAUGAAGACGGGAAGAAGCUUCCUCCCUGCAUCCCAGGAGCCUGGCUGACUCCCGCCAUCAUGGCCUGCUACCUUCUGGUGGCCAACAUCCUGCUGGUCAACUUGCUCAUCGCCGUCUUCAACAACACCUUCUUCGAGGUGAAGUCCAUCUCAAACCAGGUGUGGAAGUUCCAGCGCUACCAGCUGAUCAUGACCUUCCACGAUCGGCCCAUUCUGCCGCCGCCGCUCAUCGUCUUCCCGCACAUCUUCAUCGUCCUCAAGAGGCUGUGUUGCCGAUGCCGUCGCCGGCAGGACGGCGACCGCGACGACCGCCAGCGACGCCUACAGCUGCUGCUGAGCGCGGACGAGCUGAAGAGUCUCCACGAGUUCGAGGAGCAGUGCGUGGACGAGUACUUCCGCGAGAAAGACGACGAGAAGCAGUCGUCCAACAACGAGAGGAUCAGAGUCACCUGCGAAAGGGUGGAGAACAUGUUCAUGCGUCUGGAGGAGGUCAACGAGCGGGAACAUUCCAUGAAGGCGUCGCUGCAGACGGUGGACCUGCGCCUGGCGCAGCUGGAGGAGUUCUCGGGCCGCAUGAUGAACGCCCUGGAGAGGCUGGCGGGCGUCGACCGGGCCGAGCUGGCCCGCACGCGCUCCAGAGGCUCGUCGGUGUGCGACGGCGCCGCUCUGCUGCGACGCGGCAGCAUCAACAGCGCCGACGGCUACAGCCUGUACCGCUACCAGCUGGAGCCCGACCCGGACGGGGCCUCCUUGGGCGGGAGUACGGAGAGGCCAGGGGCGAACGUGGACGAGGGUGACGCCCAUCUGGCCGUCAAGGAGGCGGGCGCCACUCUGGACAUCCACCAAGUACGGGACAGAAGUCAGUCUUUGUCCAACGUGGACAUCCUCAUCUCUCCCUGCGAGCAGGACCGCGGAUCACCCGAGGCCGUCGCCGUGGAGACGGCGGGAGGACGGGCUAGACUGGAGGCGGUGGUCUCCUUCCCGCUGGAGCGGUCAAGGGUCGCACCGUGUUUGUCCUCCCACGUGUCCAACAAAGGAUCCGUAAGCAGCCUGCUGUGUAACCCCGCCCUCCGGCAGACGCCGGACCGCUUGGCACAGGGUCCCCAUGGCAACGGUGAUGGGGAGGAGCCCGAGGAGGACGACGAGGACAGGACGUACCCGACACUGCGCUCCAAAAGCCUCAAUGUGAACCCAAAGAAGGGCCGGACCCAAAAGACGGACGCGCCUCGCUCGGCUACCAGCGUCGCCGAUUUGGUGUCCGCGUUUGGUGGCGGCGAGGGCGAGGACCCGAGCUAGCCGGGUCAGAGGUCAGCAGGACUCGAAUGUUCAUAGUUGUAAGCAUCUUCAGUCUUCCUGUUCUGUGGGGCCCAGUUAAGCGGGUCCCGUUUAUGUCGACAACCCACCGCGUUAUUAUGACUAGAAAAUGACACCAAUUUUUAUCUCUAUAAAAAUAAAUCGUCCAUUUACGUCGACAUCACCAUCCCUAUAUGCAGAUCUGUGCAUUUUGUGUGAAUAAUCACAUGGGAAAUGUUAAUUCCUAGCCUCUUCCUGCUCUGUCACUGGUAAUAUAAUUUCCUGAGGUCCUUUAAUGUGUGCAGCAAGCUGUUGGAGAUCUGCCAGGUUCAAACACUGAUGACAUCUAUUAAACAGACAAGAAGCAAGGAAUUCUAACUGUACGAUCAGUGCCAGAGCUUGGUCCGCAUUGCCGGCAGUAAGUCGAACACAUUUCCAGUGAGGGUUGGACUCCGCCAAGGCUGUCCUUUGUCAUCGAUUCUGUUCAAAACUUUUAUGGACAGAAUUUCUAGGCGCAGUCAAGGCGUUGAGGGUUUCCGGUUUGGUGACCGCAGGAUUAGGUCUCUGCUUUUUGCAGAUGAUGUGGUCCUGAUGGCUUCAUCUGACCGGGAUCUUCAGCUCUCACUGGAUCGGUUCGCAGCCGAGUGUGAAGCGACCGGAAUGAGAAUCAGCACCUCCAAGUCCGAGUCCAUGGUUCUCGCCCGAAAAGGGGUGGAAUGCCAUCUCCGGGUUGGGGAGGAGACCCUGCCCCAAGUGGAGGAGUUCAAGUUCCUAGGAGUCUUGUUCACGAGUGAGGGAAGAGUGGAUCGUGAGAUCGACAGGCGGGUCGGUGCGGCGUCUUCAGUAAUGCGGACGUUGUACCGAUCCGUUGUGGUGAAGAAGGAGCUGAGCCGGAAGGCAAAGCUCUCAAUUUACCGGUCGAUCUACGUUCCCAUCCUCACCUAUGGUCAUGAGCUUUGGGUCAUGACCGAAAGGAUAAGAUCACGGGUACAAGCGGCCGAAAUGAGUUUCCUCCGCCGUGUGGCGGGUCUCUCCCUUAGAGAUAGGGUGAGAAGCUCUGCCAUCCGGGAGGAACUCAAAGUAAAGCCGCUGCUCCUUCCCAUCGAGAGGAGCCAGAUGAGGUGGUUCGGGCAUCUGGUCAGGAUGCCACCCGAACGCCUCCCUAGGGAGGUGUUUAGGGCACGUCCAACCGGUAGGAGGCCACGGGGAAGACCCAGGACACGUUGGGAAGACUAUGUCUCCCGGCUGGCCUGGGAACGCCUCGGGAUCCCCCGGGAAGAGCUAGACGAAGUGGCUGGGGAAAGGGAAGUCUGGGUUUCCCUGCUUAGGUUGUUGCCCCCGCGACCCGACCUCGGAUAAGCGGAAGAUGGAUGGAUGGAAGCAAGGAAUCAUGCAGAGACACAAUCCAAUUUAGUUCAUGAGGAGAACGCAUGGAGCUGCACACUAAGUCACAGUCUCGCCCUAUGCUCUAAGGUACAGCUUCCGCGUCCCUCUAUUUAUUCAGGAGUUCCCUAGUCAACAUCACUGAGGCCGCCUCUAAAAGGAGUGGUCGCAUAUAUCAUGCAAAGCAGGUCCGGGACGCACAAUACGUGACGGACUGCGCUGGGGGCCUUGUGAUUUCACCUUGUCUCUGCUUCCUCUGCAUGCUGUCGUCUUAUCUGCGUUGAAGUCCUAAAACAAAGAAAGCAUCUGUGGCUAAAGCCACCCCUCAGACAAAAAGUUUUUGUCCUUGCACAGAUAGGAAAUGUACAGCUUGAGCACAAUAGCUAACGGACUUUAAGCAUAUUAAAGUGGUGUGAUAACCUACACGUAAUUAUUUUAACAAGAUCUUUUAUCAGUCUGUUGUGGCCAGUGCCCUGUACUUUGCGGUGGUUGGUUAGGGAGAAGCAUCACCAGCAAAAGGGACUUCAACCGGAUUGACAAACUGAUCCGGAAAGCUAUUGGCACGCAGUCGUAGGCGCUUGUGUCAGUGAGGGACAGGAGGACACGGACAAACUGCUCCCUAUCAUGGACAAUCCUGCCCAGCCGCCCCACCAGGCAAUUGAGGGACAGCGGCACUCAUACCCCACCAGGCUCCUUCACCGAUUCAAGAACUCCUUCAUUCCGCACUCCCUGCAGCUGUAUAAUCACUCGCCAUACAGCAAUAGAUGACAUCUACUACCUGACACCUUCUAUGUUAGCUACCUCUCUUUGUUGAUAAUGUAUCUUUUUUGAUGGAUUUACUCUCUAUUUUAUGCUGCUGCUGUUACAUAUACUGUAAUAUUGUACAUGGUCAUUGUUAUAUAAAGUUUAAAGUUGAAGUACCAAUGAUUGUCACACACACACAUUAUGUGCGGCGAAAUUAUUCUCUACAUUUGACCCAUCACCCUUGAUCACCCCCUGGAAGGGAAUGGGGAGCAGUGAGCAACAGCGGUGGCCACGCCCGGGAAUCAUGUCUUGUCAUUCAACCCGCAAUUCCAACCCCCCGAUGCUGAGGUAAUGGGUACCAUUUUUAUAGUCUUUGGUAUGACUCGGCCAGGGUUUGAACGCACAACCUACCGAUCUCAGGGCGGACACUCUUUGAUUGGAUAUAUUUUUAAAUGAGAAAUGAUAAAUGGGUUGUACUUGUAUAGCGCUUUUCUGCCUUCAAGGUACUCAAAGCGCUUUGACACUACUUCCACAUUUACCCAUUCACACACUGAUGGAGGGAGCUGCCAUGCAAGGCGCCAACCAGCACCCAUCAGGAGCAAGGGUGAAGUGUCUUGCUCAGGACACAACGGACAUGACGAAGUUGGUACUAGGUGGGAUUUGAACCAGGGACCCUCGGGUUGCGCACGGCCACUCUCCCACUGCGCCACGCCGUGCAUAUUUCUGCAUAUUUUAUAUCAAAUAUGCAAAAAAAAACAAAAAAAACAAGCGCAAGCCUGAGCCAAUACAGUGCUAUAGCCUUAACAGCCAUUAUAACUUCCUCGCAGUUCCACCGAAGACAUAGCCUAAGAGCCAGUGUGCAGUUUUUAACAAAGGUUUUAAUGUCCAUAGGUUUUUUUUCCAAAGUCUUUGUCAGGUUCAAACACUGAUGACAUUUAUUAAACAAGUUAAGAAGCAAGGAAUCAAAGAGACAGAAUUCAAUUUGGACUCAAUGAUGAGAGUCACUUGUACACUGUACUCUUAAAAAGUAUCUCAGCAGGCUCUGGUGAAAGAUUGUACUCCUCCUUCUUUAUUAGACUUUCUCCGACCACAUGACCACAGCUGCUUCCAGCAGGAAGUGGAACGUAAACAGCGUUCCCUUUGGUUAAAGAACACCUCAAAAGAAAAGUUGUAAACGAGUUCAAAAAGACGUUUGUAAAACAAUUGAAAGAGGGGUCGCCUGGAGUGGACUCCGGUCCUGCCUCCUCCUUGAUUCCACAGUUCUUGGGAAAGACAAUAUCUCUUUGUUUGAUUCUAAUACAUUAUCUUAAUAAUACGUUCAUCUUGCUUCUCCACAGUGGAGUUUUACGAGCCUUCUUCUUGGUAGGUUUCAAAGACAGCUUCUGCUUCUCACCGAGCACUCAAAUGUAACACAAAGUUUUUGUGAUAAUAUAGAAACAAUUAUUCUAACAGUAUUUUCCCCCCAGAACGGGACUUUUUAGUCACGUCCGUAUCCUCUCCCCACCUGCUCCCGGCUGCCUACUGUUAAAGACAACAGAUGAUUAGAUUAACACGUGCCGUGGAAAUUUCUUAAAGACGAUCCUUUAGUGACAAAUAGCUUUAAAAUGAUUUAUUAAAGUAACAAACAAUUAAUAACAAGCUUUGCAAAGCGAGACCAAACCAGAACGACACAUCCGUUUGUUCCAGCUUGUUCUAACUCCUUUAGAAUCUGACAUGAC